AUGUCCCGGAAGGAAACAUAUUUUCCAGCUUUCCCCGGUCAUCCUCGACCCUUUAUUUCGAUUGGACUUCCCUUUGCUGAGGCAUGCCGACAGCACGUGACAAACACAUUCAAGUCGAAAAGAGUAUAUAUUAUAGUCUCAAAGUCUAUCAGCCAGACAUCGACCUUCGCAGUCUUGCGAGACGAGCUUGGCGACGCUGUCGUUGGUGUUCGUUUUGGGAUCAAACAGCAUGUUCCAUGGCAGGACGUGCUUGAGGUUGCUAAUGACCUUCGCCGCCUUUCGGCUGAUCUCAUUGUAACUCUCGGUGCUGGAUCUCUUACAGAUGGCGCCAAAGUAGCUUCAUUCGCUUUUGCGAAUUCUGCCUUUACUCUUGAGGAUAUGGCUAAGCUACACAUCGGUGCAGACCCGAAGCCAGACCUAGAGAGUCUCCAGGCAUGCAGGCUACCAAUCAUCAAUAUUCCCACCUCGCUCUCAGGCGGGGAAUACACGCCUCGCGGCGGCGCCACAGACUUUCGCACUCACCAGAAGGCUUCCUUUCAGCAUCCGAGUAUCGGUGCUUCAUUGGUUAUACUGGACCCUGCCAUUACGGUAUCAACCCCGGAGCGCGUCUGGCUUAGCUCGGGGAUCCGCGCUGUUGAUCAUUGCAUCGAAGGAUUAUGUUCGAUUUUCUUCGAUGGUCCUGCAGACGAAGCUACCAAAGAAACAGCCGAAGAUGCGUUUACAGACGGCUUGCGACUAAUUUUGCCAAACUUACUACGCGCAAAGCACAAGCCGGAAGAUCUUUCAGCACGGCGGAAUUGUAUGCUGGGAGUGAUUGGAGCUGCCAAGGGGCUCAAGGCAGGAGUCCCUAUGGGCGCGAGCCAUGGCAUUGGCCACCAGCUUGGUCCACUGGGAGUAAGUCAUGGCGAGACAAGCUGUGUGCUGCUGCCGUCGGUACUGAGAUAUAAUCACCGCCACGGAACAGCUAGUGCGCGCGAACGGCAGGCAAAAGUGCUACACAUCCUCCAAGAUCUAGGACUUGAUCUGUUGAAGCGAACCGACGAGACUCCGGAAGCGAGUAACCUGGGAGAUGCGAUGGAAGCCAUCGUCUCUGGACUCGGCUUACCCACGACGCUCGAUGAGGUCGGAGUCGGCAAUGAGAAAUUCAAGGAGCUAGCAGACAAUUCCAUGAAGGAUAGAUACAUACCCACCAACCCUGUGACUAUCACACAUCCAGAUCAAGUGUUGGAGAUCUUACAAAUGGCAGCCAGACCUUAA